AUGUCAAAAGAAAUUGACAUUUCCAUACGAUACUUGGAGAAUGUUCUUUCAACCAACAAUUCCACUUUGAUUCUCAGUAGCACUGCUGCAUUGCUUGAAGCUGUAUCUAAGAAUUGUAACACUACUGAUGUAGAGCUUAAGAGAUCUCUAAUUUCACUCUUACGAAUAAUCGACAAAAAAUGUUUCCUGAACCAAGAAGUUGACGUCAACCAAAUUAAAUUUUCCCUUCAAGAAGUUGGAAAACUUUCUGUCAAAUGUCCAAAAUCAAGCCAGAAAGCAGCCCCUGAUGUAAAAAAGAAACCAAAUGCGGAGUUCCGGGACAUGGAACCCAUUCCAAAUCCUGACGAAGAAAACAUCGACAAUCUUCUAAAUCAGUUGAAUUUGAAAAAAGUGCCGAGUUUUGCUCCGGCUUUCCCUGAUAUCAAAGAUGACUCUGACGAUGAAAACGGAGUAACCACUAAACAAAAAGAAGAGGAGAGAGCCGAGCAGCAUGGGCAGAAGGUUUGUGAGGAAGAAGUUGUCAAGUUGCCAGAUGGAAGAGAAAUCCGAAUGAAGAAGACUAAGACAGUAAAUGUAAAACAAACUUCUAAACACGUCACAAUCUCUACUAAAAGUGCAAAUAUGCCGGAAGUAAGCAGAACGUUUAUGAACGCCAGAAGAGGAUUUGAUGAGGAUGAGGAAGAGGAGAAUACUAACUUUGGAUCCAGUAAUCUUCGCAGUGACCCAUUCGAACGUUUUCGAUCUAUGCUCAAAGAUAAAGAUGAGAAGACAGAAGCAGUUGAAGGGGAAUCCGCUGAACCAGGAACACCUGGCUCGUCAUCAAAGUCAAAAACUAUUGAGAGAACAAGUGAAGUGUCACAAAAAGUGUCAGAGAAAAAAGAGAAGGAUGGAAGACUACUGGCAGAACAUGAAGCCUCGAAACUUGACAAGUCCAAUUUGUUUGCCAAGCAAGUUGAUACAUACCAGGGCACAUCAUUGAUCGAUCGUAAAGGUGAAGGAAGUUACGAAGAGAGCACACUGGUUCGGAAUGCACUUCCUCGUGAUUCUCAAGUGACAACACCUCCAAGAAUGCACGUAGUGGAAUACAUGAAGAUGUUUGGCGAUGACAAGAAGAACAACGAGAAUGAGUAUCUCAAAGGUACCACCAUCUCGUCCUACGUCCGUCUCAAUAGUAAUUUAACAACUCACGAAGAACAAUUCAAGAAGAAGAUCCAGUUUGAGUUUAGUACAGCCGGGACCUCUUCAACUACUAUCGAUCUUGAUAAUCUGUCUGAUUUGUUAAAUCAGACAGACUUCAACUGUCUCCGACCACCAAACAAAUUCUUGGAAGAAGACACCCCACGUAUUGUUGAGCUACCAAAGGCAAUCGACUGGCAAAGAGAACCAACCAGUGUCCCACCGGAGAAAGAUUUAUUAUUGGAGCAUGAUGCAGUAGACUAUGUUAUUUUUCGAGAAAAGGAAGGAAAAGUUUUAGAGGUCCGUGGAGGUCCGAAAGAUGCUCUGAUCGUUUAUGCCACACAAUCUACGCAUUCCAGUUUGCUUUACCAAGAGGCUUUCCUUAUCACGUUCCGAACUUUUAUCAGUGCAUUGGAGCUAGUGAAUAAGCUUAUCAAAAGAUAUCUCUAUAUGUCACUUGCCAAUGAUUCUCAAUCAGAGUCGAUCGCUCGUCACACAUUCUCAGUGAUUGUCAGAAUCAUUGAUGAGGUUACACAAUAUGAAUUGGACUUUGAUCUUAUCACCUCUGUCACCUCAUUUGUGUACCGACUGAUUCAUGAUGGAAAUUUUACAUACUCUAGAAUUCUUAGAACCCGUUUAUUGGACCGUAUCAAAGAUUCCUUCGACAUUCAAACCGUUCUCGGAACCAACUUGUGCAAACCAAAAAAACCCCAUGACCUAUUUGAUUUCAAGUCCGCAGACAUUGCGUGCCAGUUAACUUAUAUCGACUCUCAGCUUUACCAUAGAAUAGAAUCCGCAGAAUUACUCUGGUGGUCUCAAGAGCAAAAUGAGAAAAAGAGCAAGAAUCUAGUCAAUUUUACCGAACAGUUCAAUAACCUUUCGUUUUGGGUGCGCACAUUAAUUAUUACACAAUCCACUCAAAAAGAACGAGAAAGGCAUAUGAUGAAGUUUGUAAAAAUUAUGAAGCAUCUCCGCGAAAUGUGCAAUUUCAACUCAUACUUGGCAAUUCUCAGUGCAAUUAUGUCUACUCCGUUGGCAAGAUUGGAAUGGGGCAAAAAUAUUAAAGAUGCUCUCAAAGAACACACUACCGUCAUGGACACCUCACAAUCGUAUAAAAACUAUAGAGCGUUGUUGCAAACCGCAAAGCCCCCAUGUGUUCCAUACAUCGGAAUUAUCCUUCAAGACUUGACGUUCGUUCACGCCGGUAACCCAGACACGAUUCCCACCGACCGAUGCAACGGCGCCAAGAACAUGAUCAACUUCCUGAAACGUUGGAACCAGUUUGCCAUUCUUGACAGCAUCCGCAAACUAAAGAAAUGGAAUUAUGACAUCAAAAAGAACGACAUCAUAGUGCAGUACUUCAAUGGCUUCAAAGACUGCGUCGACGAGGAACGUACCUGGCAACUAUCUCACCAAAUCAAGCCGUCCAACCGAAAACCCAAAACACAGUCAUAA